GCGAGGGGGGCCGGGUCUGGAGGGCUGGUUAAAACGCGACUGUAGGUCUGCGGAUGGGAGGCGGACAGUGUAACUCGCUCUAGCUGCUUUUUUCCUUCCCCAGCAUGCAUGGCUUUUGUUUCUAGGAGAGCUGAUGCAGAGAAAAGCACUUACCUUACACACUCUGGGAGUCCUUUGCAAGUGCCCAAAACGCAGAGAGUGGCGCCCAGUCUCAGCUGUGUAGACUGUUUCACUGAACUAAUCUUAUAACACAGAAGGAAGAGACUGAGAGCGAUCCCAGGGUGCACAGUGGACAGUGGGCUGCACCGUCCGAGCUGUUUCAACUCCUACAGAAGCUGGAGAUUAAACUUUUACGCAUCCAGCCGUUUGAGGCUCCUCUGGACUGAAGUGUUUCCGAGUUUCCUGCGCAUCUCAGGAGUGAAUUAUUUCUUGCACUGUUUUUUUUUCCUCUCCUCUCAGCUCAGACUGUGAAGAGGGGGAGAAAAGAGCUGAGUUUGCUUUAAAGUGAAUCAGAGGACCACGGAGAGAGGGAGAGAAAGAGCCAGUACAGCCCUCUCCCUCUGUGUGCAGAAGCGGGCAGCAUGGUGCAGAAAAUGAGCCACACAGAGAGCACCGCCGAGGCGCUGUCCUUCUUCGCCGGGGAUUCGAGCUCCGACUCCGGGGCGUGCAUGGACCUGGACCCGGCCGCCUCGCCUCUCUCCCCGGGCUCCACAGCCUCCUCGACCGCCGGCGACAAGUUGGGAGACAACCCGGCGUGGUGUAAAACUCCGAGCGGCCACAUCAAGAGACCCAUGAACGCGUUUAUGGUUUGGUCGCAGAUCGAGAGGAGAAAGAUCAUGGAGCAGUCCCCGGACAUGCACAACGCUGAGAUCUCCAAGCGGCUGGGGAAGCGGUGGAAGCUGCUCAGAGACAGCGACAAGAUCCCCUUCAUCAGAGAGGCGGAGCGGCUCAGGCUCAAGCACAUGGCGGACUAUCCCGACUACAAGUACCGGCCCAGAAAGAAGGUAAAAUCCAGCGCAUCCAAGCCGGGCAGCAGCGGAGACAAGGGAGACAAACUUAGCAGUAGCUCGAACAACACCAGCACCAAGACAUCCUCAUCUUCGAGGAAGAAUGGAUCCAAAUCUACCACCAGCAGCAGCAAACCCCACAAAUCACUUUUCGGGAGCAGUAGCACCAAAGCAUCACUGUUUGCCUCUGAGCACCCGUCAGAGCACCACCACAACUCCCUGUACAAGUCCAAAUCCGUCUCCUCAGCCAAGCAGAUACCGGACGGCAAGAAGCCCAAGCGGGUCUACGUCUUCGGCAGCAGCGGGGCAAGCCUGAGCGUCAGCCCGGCGUCCUCCGUCGUGGUCCCGGCCAGCCCCACGCUCAGCAGCUCGGCGGACUCCAGCGACCCACUGAGCCUGUACGAGGACGCGUCCAGCGGCCGGGAGGAGGGCGCAGACUCCCCGGGCAGCAGCGGCAGCCUGAGCGCGUCUUCGGAGCGCCACGGCGGCCACACGUACAGCAGCCGGCGGACUUCCUCGCCCACUCCCUCCGGCUCCCACUCCUCCGCCUCGUCCCACUCGUCCUCCUCCUCUUCCUCGGAGGACGAAGAGUUCGAGGACGACCUGCUCGACAUCAACCCGAGCCCCAGCUUUGACAGCAUGUCUCUGGGCAGCUUCGGCUCCUCGGUGCUGGACAGGGACUGGGAUUUGAACUUUGAGUCCGGCUCCGGGGGGUCCCACUUCGAGUUCCCCGACUACUGCACGCCCGAAGUCAGCGAGAUGAUCUCCGGGGACUGGCUGGAGUCCACCAUCUCCAACCUGGUGUUCACAUACUGAGGAAGCAAACGGGCGACAGACGACAGGUAACAAUUCCUGCGCGUAAAAAUCUGACCACAAACAGAAACGGGGGUUCCUGCGAGUGUGGGCGCAAUAGUUUGUUCUGACUACAGCAGACUAGUAAAAAGCCACUAAACUAGUCCCCGUCCCUUCCUGCCUCUAGAGGCGAGAGCUACGAGUCCUUGGAAAGCUCAACUUUAAAGCGAAUAACUUGCUUUUUGUCCUUUUCUUCGGAUGAGUGGACUGUGGGACUCGGUACCGGUGGAGGAACCAGAGGAGGAGCAGACUGACUCAGUCCUGGACUGUUUGAACUUUACUGUGAUUGAUUUGCACGUUACGCGGUCCGCCGUUCACUUAAUCAAUGUUGUUGCUGAAUUUUUAAAAAAAGGGACAUUUCACAACGUUUUACCAAUCGCCAAGUGAACUUCACCACUAAAAGGUACAGAAAUAGGACUGACUGCCGUGCAACGUUUUUAUUGUGGUGUGUCACCGAGAGGGAUUUUUUAAAAUGAGACCGAGGUGGGUUGAUGUUUUUGUUUUUUAAAGUUGGAUAUUUUUCUCAAAAGCAAAAAACCUGUUAAGCAUGAUAGCCUACUUUGUUUCCUAUCUUGUGCUGAGAUUUUCUGUAAGACUGUCGAGCAGUUCAACUAGUAUUAGGGUUAUUUAAAUGGAUAGGUGGCGCUCGCUUCGGUUCUUCUCUAUAAGGAAAAAAAAGGACAUUGAAAUAAUCACCAGCUGUCGUAAUUUUUCAGACUUCAGGACUCAAACGCAACUUCAAAUCUGUGCUGAACUUUAUACACGUGUUCUCUGAUUCAGGACCAAAAUUCUUUAAUUUUAGAUGAUAGCUAUAGAGAAAUCCUCACCGAUUUUUUUGUUGUUUUUCAUCCUCUGAGCUUUGUUUUGUACAUGUAUUCAGAUGCCAUUUUAUAUGGGAUGUUGUAUUUAUAUACUGGGCCAAGCAUUUUUAACUUUAUCAUUUUUUUAUUUUCGUUUUUAUUUCUUGUACACACGAUCUAGUCCAUUUCUUUUUCUAACACGGUUGUUUGUCAGUAUGUCUGUCACAUUUCCUUCUCAGGCGAAGGGCUAGAGUUUUAAAAACACAACUUUUUUGAUUUCUUUUUUAUAUUUAAAUGUACACACUUUUGGACACUUAAAAGAGAGGAAACAGUUUGAUUAUUUUCUCAGUGUAUUUUUGUACAAAUCUAUAUAGAAAAAUGGGGAAGUCAACAAUCGGUGUGUGUAGCCUACUAAUACAGCUGUAUUGGAUUUCCUAAUUUUUAAUACCCCCGGCAGACUGGUUUUCAUGCUGCCUUCAAGUGCUCAUGACAAGCUCGUAUUUCUAAGUUUCUGCAGACUGUUGAAAUGCUUUUGCAGGGACAGGCAGCAGAACAGACCUUAUAAACACUGUGGUGCCUGUUGUUUGAUUUUUAGCAGUUAGAGGCACCAAAUUUUGUACUUUUAGUGAUGGAGCAGAACAUGAACCAGGUGUGCAAUUCGUGUUUUACGUCACCAAAACAGCCAAACUUUGUCACUUCUACCAGCAAAUACUUGUAACACUUAUCUGACACCCAACCCCCCCGAAUCUACCCUGAAUAUUGGCAGUGCAGGAGUAACGCACACUGCAAUUUGGAUUUUUCCCGACAGCACUUGAAAGCAGCACCAGUCUUGUAUCAGCCUACCUUCUACGUUUACAGUGCCAGACUGCAGGCUUCUUAAAGACACAGGAGGCUUUAUUUCCAGGGGCUGUUCCUGUACACCACGUGGGUUUAGCAACAGCAUCACUGUCUCCAGCAGCCACUUGUUUUUGGUUUUGCAUUUCCCGUCAAGUAUCUUGCCUAUGACAACAAUGAGGAGAUUGUAGCUUUAAAUUUGACGUACUUCUUGAUGUUUUCAUUAACUGAUGUCACAUUUGCCAAUCAGCCACUGGAUCCAACAGGUUCUCAACACAACAGCAAAGCAAACAGCAAAAGGAUGACAACAUCAAGCAUAUUCAAAUUUUUGAUUUGAGUUCCGCAACACCUACUUGUACUGCGUUUCUCAUUGUAUUUGAAUAUAUAAUCUUUUCUACUUGUCGGCUAACUAUUAGCUAAUAAUUGUUUUAGUAUCUUUAUGGCAUGGUGAAUAGCAUUUGUAUUUCAGAUUCAGGUUAUUAGCUGUUGUGUUUUUCAGAAAAAAAUGAAAAAAUGAGCAAAAACGAUGAAACGUGAACUCGAUCUUUGUAUAUUUGACUGUAUCAUAAAGCAAAAAGAUUGUGUGUUUAUGUACGUUGUUGCUAUUGAGGACAGGCACUGUCUAGAACUGCUAUCUUUUACACAUCCUUACUUACAUUUAAGGUGGUCAGUUCAGACUGUUUUUUAUAUAUAUAUGAAAGCAUUUUUAAAUAUAUUAACUUUAUUUUUCAUCCAUCCUGUGCAAUAUGCUGUGUAGAAUUAUCAUUUAUUGUCUCUAAUCAUGCCAUAAACAAAAGAAACCGCCCUUUUUCUGAGACCCAGAGAGAGGAUGGGGAACUCAUGCCAGCUAAAUUGUGUCCAUUCACUGCCUGUCAGAUUGUUGAUACAAACUUGUGUACAGAACUUUUUCAAGGAAGGAAAUAAAUAUCAGCUGGAACUGAAA